AUGCAGUUAGCUGACAUGUAUUCGACCACUCAGUUGGGCCAGAUAGGCUGGACACCAUCCUACACGGCAAUGUCGUGUCCUGAUAACGCUUCCAACGCCUUACCGAUUACACUAGUCGAUCCGCGUGGCACUCCAUUCAUUGCCUUUGUGCAAGACCCUUACGAAAGCCAAAGCAUUUAUUACGGCAUGAGUCUGAACAAUCAGAACUAUGACUCCAACUCCUGUACAUCGCAAAAAUACACGGGGCCGUCGGACGUCAACCAAAGCGCGACUGUCUAUCCGAGCCAACCGGAUUCUUUGCUGAACCCUGAUGCCGCAGGUGGAAACAGGCAAGCAAAGCCUGCCGGGGGAUGUCUGCCUUCCAAUCUGCGUCACCAGACGUCAGUCGACUUCAAGGAAGACAUGCUGCGCAACCGGCAAAUAAACGACAAUGAGAACACCUUCAUGGAGUGGGUGUACCCACCGGAGAGGGGGUCGCCGUCUCGAACUUUUGCCGGAGAUUCAGUGCAGUGGGGAAGCGAUGCUAUGUUUGAUACAGAGGCCAGAAGUCCACGGCGCAGAGUUGGUGUGAGGCAACUCACCCAGUUCAGACUCCAAUUCAUGCCGGACGAAGAGGAAGAAGAGGAGGAGGAGGAGGAAGACGAAGAAGAUGACGAGGAGGAACAAGACGCUGAUGCUGAUGAUGCGCAAUCGACUGGAUCCAGAUCAAGUCCAGCUCGCAGCCCCGCGUCGUCCGUCAGAAAAGGACCCAUCGGCCGCAGCAGACGAAACGUCCCGAAGAAGGCAUACACAGAAAGCUCCGCAGCCUCUGCCGGAGGGCCUUCUAUAUCCAAACGGGAGCCAAAGGGGCAACGCAAAAAGCUCACGAUCGAGCAGAAGCGGAGCAACCACAUUCGGCACGAAAAGAAACGCCGUGGUCUGAUCCGUGAUGGAUUCAACGAUCUCACCGAGCUCGUCCCGGAGCUCCGAGGAGGCACUUGGUCAAGAUCCAGAAUUUUGUUCAAGGCGGUCGAGUUUUUAAAGACACUAUUGGAGAAAAAUGAGGCAUUGCAAGAGCAAUUGGACACUCUGAAGGCUAGCGAACAGGGCUUGUGA